UAUCACUGCUGGCCAAUCAGAUCACUGCUGGGUGAUGUCAUACAGCAGACUGCCGUUUGGUGCUGAUGCUGCUGAGCUGCAGAUCUUCAGUCUGAACAGAGACCGAGCAUCACUGCAGGGAACAGAGUCUACCUCACCACAGUGUCUUUGACAGGAAACAGCAGCAGCAGGAUGACUCUAGCAGCAUACAGAGAAAAGAUGCGAGAGCUCCCCCUGGUGUCUCUGUUUUGCUCCUGCAUCCUCCCUGAACCCAGAGACGCCACAGCUGACAAGAAGGAAGGUGUGGUGGAUUUGAACCUGUGCAACAUCCGCGACAUGGAAGUGAUCGAACUGAGCAAGCGGGCGAGCGGCCAGGCCUUCGAGGUCAUCCUGAAGCCGCCCACCUUUGACGGCGGCCCUGAGCUGAGGGCAACCACGCCACCUCGCCAGAAACCCUCGCUGGAAGAGAUCCAGAAGAAACUGGACGCCGCUCAAGAGAGGAGGAAGUGUCAGGAGGCGGAGCUGCUAAAGCACCUCGCUGAGAGGAGGGAGCACGAACGUGAAGUCGCUCAGAAAGCUUUGACCAAAGAGCGCCAGGAGCACCGAGCUGACGCCGACAAGGAACAGCGGCAGAUGCACCUGAACGCCUCGCAGGAGAGGCUGCAGGAGGAGGACAUGCACAGUGUGGAGGUGUCUUGAUGGCCUGAUCACAACACAAGCUGAAUUUUACUUGGAAGCCAUUUUGGAGGGCGAUGAGCUGAGGAUUGAUGUGCCAGCAACCUGGCAAUGCUCCAACUGGGAGGCUGACAGGAAGAGACUCUGAAAAGAGAGAGAGAAGAAGAGAGAUGAUGAGGAGGACUGAGGUUGAGUCUGACUCCCCUCUACAACCAGGCCUCUUCUUAACAAGAUAAACUCUUUACAACGGGAAACUGAAGGACGCUGCAGAUUCAGUCAUCAUUAGGGGAUUUACUGUGCUUUGUUGCCAUGCCAACAGUGCCAAUGUGUUUGUGUGUGUUUGAGUGUGUAGGCUUCAAGGACUCAACGUCGUCGCACAAAGUUAUUCCCAAUUCAACCAAACCGCAAACGGAACCCAAACAUAAACCCAAAGGAAAUGUUGCAACUAAGAAGAAGAACCCGCACAGCAACACUCGACCCAACUUCUUCUACGUGCCCAGAUGUACAGCUGAUCAGAGUGAAACAGCCCCACCUGCUGGACAGUUUACAUCAUUAAAUUUACUGUAAAACAGUACGACAAACAGCAAAGGUUUGAUCAGUUAUACAUGGCUUUUUAGGGAUAUCUGGUAGCAGCUGUAAGAAAGUUCAACAGUCUGGACUGUUUAAGCUGAGUCCAAGAGCUGUUACAGGUCGAGACCAAGUCAAGACCAGUACCAGGAAGGGCAGAAAGCGGGUAUAGUUGAGAUUAGACAGUCAGAACAGCCACAAUACUGAGAAAAAGUCAGGUUGAAAACACCCACCGGACCAAAGCAAGUCGCCGUUACCACGUUCAUGAGAUCGAGACAAGUCUGAGUGAAAAAUAAAGACGACACGAAGACAAGUGUCAGUUAAAACACCAGGACAGUUUCAAACACUCUCGUGUCAAAACAUCCAUGAGCCUGAGACAAGUCAGAGUUUAAACAUUCACUGAGCAGAGAUGAGUUGACGCGAGAUCAGGAGUGAUACGCGAUGAGAAAGAGAAAGAUUAAACUACGGCUCUGCUUUAUCACAGCCCCCUCAGAAAUGAGACCAGUCCAAAUAGAAAUCAGCAUGUUAGCAUUCAUGCGGCCAUUGAAGCUACGCGUCUGCCUUUGCUUCCUGUGUGAACUGGAUGAGAAGACGAGCGGUCGACAGCAAACGGCUAACGUCAGCCGUAUCACAGGAUGCCUUCCUGUCCAACGCCCUGCUGAUGUGGAGGAACGAAUCUCACUGAAAAGUGACUGAUGAUCGAUUGUCUACAUUUUUUACUGCAAGUGUGUUUGUAUGUGUCAGUCUGUUUCCCUGGCAACGUCAUUGUAAAGCAGUCAGGCUGAGAUGAUGAUGAUGAUGAUGAUGAUGUUGAUGUACAGAAAUCACAUUAUAUUUUAAAUUCAAGAAUAAAAUCAGGACACCUUU